GUCGCUAUAUAUAAUAACACAAAGGCAGCCGCGCUAAGCGCUCACAAGCAACGCUUGUCUGGCGUUUCUUCUCCCUUCAUCCUCCCAGAUAAGCCUCUUCGUUCUUCGGAUCUAAUCUCUGCGUUAAUAUUCUAUGGUUUCUUUUCUUUCUUGUUUUGUUUGUUUCUCUCCUGAUUUGAUUUCCAAGGGACGGUGACGAUUUCCUUUUUACAUAGGUCUCGUUCGUCGUAAACGGCUAUUCCGAUAGCCUUGCCGACCAUCCUGAUAUAUCACCACCCAUAUUCCGAGUCCCUCAAAAUCUUUUCAUUCUUUUCUUUUUUUUCAAUUUUUAUUUUAUCUUAUUUUUUUCUGAUUUAGAUCCGCCAAUGAUUUAAUUCCUUAAGCCGAUUAUUAAAUUUUAAUUUUCAAUAAUUUCAUGCAUUUUUAGUCUAUUCUGUAAUGUAAAAAUUCAGCCAAUGAUUUAAUUUUUUAUUUUUUUGACAAGCAUAUGUCUGAAUCUUAAUAUGUUGUCCAAUCUGAUUCUCCUAUGAGGCUGAUUUUUAUAUUAUCCAAUCUAUUCUAUUGCCGGUGAUGAAUGAAGUGGUUAUUUUACUGAAAUAUUGUGAUUACAUCUACACUCCUACUGCCUUCCUUCUGAGGCUUGUUGCUUGAUUCUUUAUUUCAUUUUUUAUGAAUUUUUUAGAGUAUAUUGUAGAUGUAUUUGAUUUUUUUAUAGGUUUAGGCAGAUGGGUAUUUAGGGUCAUGUGAUGAUUUGAUUGCAUAGUUCAGCUGAUAAUCUCUGUGAUUAUUAAUCUGCUAGUCUUUCGCUCCUAUCUGAUGACCCUUUAUUUAUAACCUUUGAUUGAUUUCGUUAAGUUUAGAGAAGCUAUUCCUAGUUUAAGUCAUAAAUUAUAAGAAUCAUGUCGAGAAAGAUCAUGAGGAUAUAUGUUUUUGUCAAACCAAUGUUAGUUUUGGUUGAACAUGAUAUGGGUCCUUGUGAUGCACUAGAUUUUGUGAAUCAAUGGCAAGGUUUUUGUGACUUAAUAUUUAGGAAUAAUCUUGAUGAACUUAUUCCAUAAGUUGUUCUAGGCAUUGUGGGCAACUAGCUAAGGUUUUUCUUUUACGUUUUUAUGAAGUAAAACCCUAUGAGGAAGAAUGCCCAAAGAUAGGAAGUGCCGUAUGACACUUAUUGGCGUUGGCAACUCGCAGGAAUCCUCUUUUCCCAUCCACCAAUCUUGGCCCUUUGAUAUUCGAUUCCCUCCCCGGGAUCGUCUUCUCUGGGUUUGGUGAUUGGUCGGGAACAGGUGGCCCCUAUGUUGUUCCUCCGUCCGGGUGAUUUGAAACGGGACUCUGAGGGUUAUUUUUUGAUUGAAGUUUUGGGUCCGAUGCCACGUCGCCAUUAGCCAAGAGAGCUAUGAGUGGCGAUGCUAUGAUUGGACCAAGAGCAAUCUCAAUGUUUCGCUUGCUGAUAGGAACCUGUGGAACUGAAUCUUUGUGAUCUACAGAGCCGAUUUCGGCGAUUACAUUUUCAUUAUUAAUCUGUUUUUUGAGAUUUUGUGAGUAAAAAGGUGGUGUAUAUCAUUGUUGAAGCCAAUGAGGAUAUGGAUGUUUAUAAAGUUGGAAUUACCGGCUGAAACAAUCUUUGAUGUCAUUUGACUCUUGUCUGAGGCUUGAUAAUCCCUU